AUGGGGCGGCCGCUACAUCAGGAUCCAUACCCUUUAGUCCCAUCCUUUCCACGUCCUCCAUUCCCUCAGGAUGUUAAUGGUGUGAUACAAUCAAAACUCUCGUUCCAGACAAAAAGACACGAGAAGCUAAAUGUAGCAACGGACACUUUGCUUUCUUUUAUCCAGUCAGAUCGACCACGUCCGAAGGAAGUGUCAAAUAAUAUGUUGGACUUGAUGUAUCAUCAACGAUGCAAAGACGAAGUUGAGAAAGCUGUAGAAGACCACAAGUCUGUCAUUGCAGUAGAAAAUGCUGUUGGGCAUUGUCGAAAGAGGCUCGAACCAGAAGAAACGAAAAGGAGUGUCGGUCGUCCUGCCAAAACGGCAGUCCAGGAGGAUGGAGAUCCACCUGUGAAGAAACGAGUAGGCAAGAAACCAACGUAUAUUGUACGUCGAGAGAAAAAAGCCUUGCUUGAAGCGGAGCUGGUCCAGUUAAAACAGCAUAUGCUUCGACUGAGAAAAGCAAGUGGUAUUCCGACUGGUUUUUUUACAGGGAGGGAACAGUUGGUUGCCAGUUUUCACGAUAACGAGAGGCUAAGAACCGAGUCGAAAAAGCAGGAUAUGUUGCUUCGAAAUGUGAAUGCUAUGGUCGAGGCAGAGUACUUGAUGAAGUGCUCGAAAAGUCCGAUUGAGACGUAUAUUCACUUGACAACAGAUUUAAAACAGAGAAGAGCGGAAUUGGUAAAGUUGAAAGAUUCCAAACUGGCACAAGCAGAUGUGUUCAUUACGGAAAGGUCGAAGUUUCUACCACGCAUGACGUCGUGGUGUCAAGAAAGCAAAUUCGAAACAAAGGAAGGACAUUAUUGCGCUGAAAAGACGGAUAAUACGCCAUUUCAUGGAGUACAAUCUGUGCGACAGGUUUUUGAAGCGCUCCAGUUUUUCUUUAAAAAACAGAAAACCAUCCUUCCAGAGAUAUUAGGGGACGUCACAGUGUGUGAAGACGAUGACAAUACGGUGAGCACUAUGUAUGCGAAUCAUCGGUUGAUUAGCAUAAUGUCCCACGGCGUGAAGGUUGAAGAAAACCUUGUCAAGUUCUUUAAACUAGUCGAGGCAGAUGUGGCUGAUGACAAUGCAAAAAGCACGUCUUUUGCGCUUGUCGCAGUGGACUCGGUGGAUAUAGAUGAUAUGUAUCCUUAUGUUCCUCAAGAGCGUGUUCGAAUGGACAUUAACGCUGCGAUGAAGUUUACGGAGCAUUUGUGCAAGAAGGCGCCGAAGAAGACACGCACUCGCCAUUCGUUGUAUGGAAAUGGUGGGUUUCCUGCAUACUUACGCAACCCGGAGAAAGAAGAAGUGGACGAUGAAUUUGAACGAGUGGUAGUACUCACGCGCUUUUUCCGUGUCAAGUUGCAUCACACAGAGAUGGAUAUCCCUCCGCAUGUCCUCCACGAAGUUCGUCAAGGAUUGACUUGUUUUACCGAUACCAUGGUUCAAAGCAUGCUUCGGAACAUUUACGUGUCCCGAUAA